UUCAUGUUACUCAGCUUUGAAUGAGAAAAACCUCAAUGUGGGGCAAAAAGGGUGGUAAAGCGGAAGGAGAAGUUAGGGACUGAGCUGCUUUGCAGACCAGUAUUUGAAAGUGAACAGCCGAUUUGACAAGAAGCAAAAACCACAGAAUAGAGUAUCACAUCGUCUUUCUGUUCACUUUUUUUCACAAACGAUUCAGGUUCUUCCUACUAUCUUCUGCCACCUCCUUGCUUUUCUCUACUUACUUCACAGAUGUCUCUGAGGUAGGUAACCUGGUCCAAUCCUGAAGAAUUCAAGGGCAGAAAAGAAGUCUACUUGUGAAGUUUUCUUGUCCCUGGUAUGCGCAGGAAAUGAAGACAUUGCCUGGCAUGUUUGGAAUUGGGAAAUUGUGCCUGGUAUUCGUCCUAAUCCCACAUCUGAGCAUCUGGAGUAUCAACGGUGAAAAAUCAUGUAAAGAACAACUGCAUGUAAAGAGACAUUCCAUAUACACUGUCUCAGCAGGGAAAUCAUUUGAUCUGAAAUGCCCUGUGAAAUACUGUACUAACAGACCUGAUGUGAUCUGGUGCAAACUCGAAGGAAAAAGCUGUUUAUCUUUUAGGUAUAAACAUCAUACAUACACAAGUUGGGACGAAAAGGAAAAUAUUUCAGCUUUUAUUCUGCAUUUUAAUCGUGUGCUGCCUGAUGAUACCGGGUCAUACCGCUGUUCUGCGAAUCUUUCAUCUGGACUUGUUGAAAGCCAUUCAAUUACCAUUAAUGUGACAGAAUGGACUAGAAAUAAUUCCAAAUACCCUCUGAUAACAUCGACUCACAUUUCAGAUACAACCAGUGCCUCAGGACCACCCUCUGCAAAAGUGACAGAUGAAAGACAAUGGAUGCUUUAUAGUCUGCUUCCUUUAGGAGCAUUGAUUCUGCUUACUAUCUGUGUCUACCUAUUCUGCUGCCUUCGAAGGCACCAAGAACCAUGGAUAAUGAUUUCCUCGGGGACAACUCAUCCUUCCACCAAAAAGACAGAUGGAUUAUUUCAGGUCCUGUCCAGUCAUGCAGAACAAAAGAAGCCUUCUGAUACAGCAAGAAGGGAAGUUAACCUGGUUGACAUUCCUCAGCCCUUUAGGAGUGAGCAAACUGAAGUGGGAACCAGGCAAAAUCCCCAAACACUGCCAUCAGAGACUAGUACUUAUCAUAAUGAGCCCUGGUUCAGGGUCCAGGAAGAGUCUGAAGUUUAUUCUAACCCAUGUCUGGAGGAAAACAAACAGAGCAUUGUUUAUGCCUCCCUGAACCAUUCUGUCACUGGAAUAAACCCAAGACAACCAAGGAAUGUGAAAGAGGCACCCACAGAAUAUGCAGCCAUAUGUGUAAGGAGUUAAAUUCCAUCUGGAUCUCCAACCAAUGAUCACUGAAUGAUCAGCAUAUCAAUGCCAUCUUCUGAGCCCAACAAAAUAUCAGACAGUAUAUCUUGACCUGAGAAGUUUCACUUCAAGGAGGUUCAUGUUGGUGCUUGGGUCUUCAGGGUCCAUAGGACAAAUGACUAAAAUUUCUCCCCCCAAAUUACGAGAGAACUUUUUUACAGCAUAGCACUGAACAAUAACACAAAAACCCUUCCCUCCAAAAAUGAAUGGUAUUAUGAAUAGCAGGGUAGCAGAACAUUUAAACUUAGAUACAUUUUACCCAAUGGACGAAGUUAGUAUAUUUUUUGGAGGAUGAGAGAUACAUGUAAGCAAGAGAGAUUUGUGUUAUCUGGAUUAGUUCACUACACUCUCUUGACGAAGAAAGAAUGUCCCAGUUUGAUUGACU